CCCCUGGCCGCCUCGGCGCCGCCCCCCCCGGACAAGCUGGAGGGAGGUGGCGGCCCCGCACCGCCCCCUGCGCCGCCCGGCACCGGGAGGAAGCAGGGCAAGGCCGGUCUGCAGAUGAAGAGCCCGGAGAAGAAACGGAGGAAGUCCAGUACUCAGGGCCCUGCAUACUCACAUCUGACGGAGUUCGCACCACCCCCGACUCCUAUGGUGGACCACCUGGUUGCAUCCAACCCUUUUGAGGAUGACUUUGGAGCCCCUAAGGUGGGGGGUGCGGCCCCUCCAUUCCUGGGCAGUCCUGUCCCCUUUGGAGGCUUCCGUGUACAGGGGGGCAUGGCAGGCCAGGUACCCCCAGGCUAUGGCACUGGGGGUGGAGGGGGCCCCCAGCCUCUUCGUCGACAGCCCCCCCCUUUUCCUCCCAACCCUAUGGGCCCUGCUUUCAACAUGCCCCCCCAGGGCCCUGGCUACCCACCCCCAGGCAACAUGAACUUUCCUAGCCAGCCCUUCAACCAGCCUCUGGGUCAGAACUUCAGCCCUCCUGGUGGGCAGAUGAUGGCAGGCCCAGUGGGGGGAUUUGGGCCCAUGAUCUCACCUACCAUGGGUCAACCUCCCAGAGGAGAGCUGGGCCCCCCUUCUCUUCCCCAACGCUUUACCCAGCCAGGAGCACCUUUUGGUCCUUCUCCUCUCCAGAGACCUGGUCCGGGGCUCCCCAGCCUGCCCCCUAACACAAGUCCCUUCCCUGGCCCGGACCCCGGCUUUCCUGGCCCGGGUGGUGAGGAUGGGGGAAAGCCCUUGAAUCCACCUGCUCCCACUGCCUUUCCCCAGGAGCCUCACUCAGGCUCCCCAGCUGCUGCUGUGAAUGGGAAUCAGCCCAGUUUCCCCCCAGACAGCAGUGGGCGGGGUGGGGGGCCCCCAGAUGCCAACAGCCUGGCACCCCCCAGCAAGGUGGGUGGGGGCUCAGGGCCUCAGCCUCCCCCGGGCCUGGUGUAUCCGUGCGGCGCCUGUCGCAGCGAGGUGAACGAUGACCAGGACGCCAUCCUGUGUGAGGCCUCCUGCCAGAAGUGGUUCCACCGCGAGUGCACCGGCAUGACUGAGAGCGCCUACGGGCUGCUGACCACCGAGGCCUCUGCUGUCUGGGCUUGCGAUCUCUGCCUCAAGACCAAGGAGAUCCAGUCUGUGUACAUCCGCGAGGGUGUGGGGCAGCUGGUGGCUGCCAACGAUGGGUGACGCCAGCCAGGGGCAUGGUCUCCAAGUCUGGCUCUUGGUCCUUGUUUCCACUGGCUUCCCGUCCCUGUGGGGCAGAAACGCAGUGGCUCCUGGGGCCAGAGAAGGAACUGAGGUGGGCAGGCAGAAGCGCCUGGAUCACUCACCCUUCUGGAAACUUACAUGGACACGUUGAGAUCCACAGAGAUCCGGGGAACCAAAGCCUGGCUGAGUAUCGUGGUGGCUCCAGUCCUGAAGGCCGAGGGCUGUGGCUGCGAGGGAAGAGAGGCUAAAGGAGGAUCUGGAGGGCAGGGGCCUCCCCCAUGCAGGCCACGAAUGCCCCGCCAGCCACACCCCCCUCCCCGUGGCCUUGGUGUUUGGAGUGACCUGUUAAAGGGUUCUGGCUAGAGGAGUGGGUUCCCAGCCCUGCAGUAACCUCUUUGUGGGCCUUAGGAGACAGCUAUAGGGAAUAGAUGGGGAAUUUCCUGUUUUCUCACCUUCCCGUUGCUUCCUCCCAAGACCUACCUAAGUCCAACCCCGUCAGAGAACCAAAUAGCUUGAGAAAGCAGGAGAGCUGUUGGCUGGGGCGGUUUCUUGGUGAUUUGGGGCUUCAAGACUGUGGGUAAGAGACGCUGUCCAGACAUUGUGUGUCCCUUAUACCAAAGCCACUGGCCCUUUCUCAGCCUCUCUUGGGCUUUUCUCCCAAUGACCAUAUUGCCAAAAAUUGGGCUUUGCGGUCUAACGGAUCGGGAUAUUUGAAGUUUAGACUGCCCUGGACCAGGGACCCUGCUCGCCCGGCCCUCUCUGCCUCGCCCGUUUGUUAACGCGG